AUGUACCGAAUUGAGACCCCACGCGACGGAUCACAGUUGGCCAACCAUUUUUCUUCUCGGAGGACCCACGGAAGCCGAAGCGCCCUGCGCUUCAAAAUACCGGAGUCUGAUAAGCGAACAGGGCAUUUCCUCAAGAUGUUCUGGGGGUAUCAGGAGCGGGAGGAGUAUGAAGAUGAGCUGUACCGUGUGGAAGAUGAGGAGGACGCCAGCCUGUCUGAGCCUGACAGUGAGCUGGAGUUUCAGCUCUAUUCCCAGCUCCACUACGUUACUGAGGACCAGGAGAACCAUCAGGACCAUACAGGCUCCGACUCUGCUCAGGAACAACCCCAGAAAGAAGUACCUCAGACUGGACAGAGAAAGCGUCCCGCUCCCACAGAACCUUCCGAGGUCAUUGUGAUCGACUCCGGUCCGGAUAUCAUCUUGCUUUCAGACACCACAGAGACGGAGGACAGUGUAUGUACCACCAAAGGUCAAAAGUCACAGGGUUGCACCAAGGCGAAUAGUAAACCCGACCCGUCUUCAUGUCCUCCUCAGUGGAAAGCACUCAAGAACAUGGCCGAGGAAGUGGUGGUCGUGGAGUCAGGAUCCAACGACGAUUCAGAUUCAGAUUCAGACUCGGCUCCUCCUUUCGUGGCAGAUCUGGACUCGGAUUCAGAUUCUGAUUCGGAUGUGCUGGAAAACUGGAUGAUUCUUGGCAGAGGAAAGGAAGACGGAGACCAGGACAUUCAGCUUAAUCUCUCGGUGGAGGCCAACAGUGACCUGCAAGGUUGUGUUGAAGAUGGAGGAGACCCGCAGAACUGGGCUGUCUCAGAUAAAGACAGGGAGGCGCAGAUUUUUAAUAAAGGAGCCGGCCUGAGGCGAUUGUCUAACCGAUACUAUAUGGAGAAGACAGUCACCUGCCACAACUGUAAAAAAACUGGCCACCUCUCUAAAAACUGCCCUUCACCCAAGAAGCUGCUGUGUUGUUCGUUAUGUGGCACUCCGGGUCACUUUGUGAAAGUCUGCCCCAACCGUCACUGCUCUAACUGCUCCCUGCCCGGCCAUACGUUCGACGACUGUUUGGAGAAAGCCUACUGGCACAAGCGCUGUCACCGCUGCGGCAUGAUCGGACACUUCCUUGACGCCUGUCCAGAUAUUUGGAGACAGUAUCACAUCACAACAGUGGCAGGUCCCCCAGUAAAAGCUCCUUAUCCAAAAGCCAAGACCACUGGAUUCUGCUACAACUGCUCUAGACAAGGACACUUCGGCCAUGAGUGCACGGAGAAGAGGAUGUUUAUGGGGACGUAUCCCACGCUGCCGUUUGUCUCCUGCUAUGACAACUAUGGGGAUUUAAGACGCCUGGAGCACAGAGUGCAGAAACAAGUACAAGAGUUGCUGAAUGCCGGUCUGUUAGAGCAGCAAGACGAAGCUGUAUAUACUCCCCAACCUCCUCGAAAGAAACAGAAACACAACCUCAAAAACACACUUUUCCCAUUCACGCCCAGCGGACGCCCCCCGAAGAAACGCAUCGCACACACCCCUAAACAUAACCCCCCAGCAACACCCAAAGUCAGCGCACAGACCCCGGCGAAGAAGGCCACACCCGUUCAACAGCUAGAGGGUAAGAAGAAGAAGAAGAAAAACAACAAGAAGAAGGAUGGGAGUGUAAUCGACGUGGACCAGGAAUUUCCCCGAGGGUUCCAGAAAAGCCCCCACGGCAGAGCAGCCUCCACUCCGCCGUGUGGAGUCAAAGGCAGCCCUGCUAUGCUCUUCAGCUCAGGGAAAGGCUUGGAAAAAAGCAACAAGAAGAAAAACAAAUUCAAGAAGUGGGCGAGGAAAGCAGCUAAUGACAAGAACCACCAAGCCUCAGAUGAAAACCUGUUUCUGAUCAAACAAAGGAAGCGUAGCAGAUAGCCGUGUGCGUGAGGGAGAGUGUGAGAGUGCGUGUAUGCGGACAUGGAUGUGUGUCGGUCUCUGUGAAUCCGUCUGAUGAGGACAGUUGUUAGAAUGAGCUCGAGAAUUUGGCUCCCUCUGCUGGCCAAAGCCCAAAGUGCAGGCACAUUUCCUGCAGCACUGACCUUAAAGGAACAGCUCGAGCAUACAUGCUAACAUUGGAUGGACACCAGUGCUCAAUUAACUUGAUUUGCAUACUGCUAAAUAAUGACUAUUCACUUUCAUUUUCUUAGCAACAUUAGCGACUGUUUUUCUGGAAGAAACAGAUGCUAACAUGACUAACGAAGCACUGCUGCUAGUACUCAUCAGUUAGCAUGAUCUCCAUAAUGCUAACUAAUGAGUAUUCAGUUUAAUUCAUCGUUAGCAACAUUGGUGUUUCCAACGACGAUAGCCAUCCAUUAGCAUGAUAUGCACAAUGCUAAUAGAGUGCUGUCAGUCACUGUUAGCAACAAAGCGGUUCCUUUAGCUCAGCUUUUUUAAGAACUUUGUGAUCAUGUUUGCCAGUAUUAAGAAAACCCUGACCAGAUAUGUUGUUAAGCCACUCGGAGGAAAAAAACAGACGGUUAAUAAAAUACAUUUUCUUCGUUUA